GAAAUUAUGUUCAGAACCCUACAUUUAUACAGAAUUCUCAAAACUACAUUAGGGUUCUAAUCAAAGGUUGUAUUUUUAGUAAUUCAUUUCUCUUUCAACAGCAGUUUUAUGAGAAAUCAAAUAUUACCAAAAUACCGUAUAAGGGCUAUAUAAUCAGGUAAACAUGAAAUGCACUUUGUAUGUAUGUAUUAUCUCUUAAAGAUGACUAAAUAGCCACCCGUGUCAUUAAAUUGGCAUAGUAUGCAUGUAACCUGACCAAAUAAUACAUCUAAUUAUAUUUCUACAAUGGAAAGAAGAAGACAAAAUCAUCACCAGAAUGAAAUCAUAUCGCAAGUUGAGCAUUUUCACUAUGGACACAGAGAUAAAGAAAUGUAAACGCCAUCAUUUAAAAAAAGGAUUUGGGAGUUAAGGCUUGCUUGCAGAAGCAGCCUCAAUCAGAACAUCCCGAUCACGUGAACAAAUAUGCUUGUAUUUUAAGGCAGUGCCUUUAUUUGUCAUCAUAAAGGUUUCCUGAAACACCAAAAAUCUUAAUGAUAGCUUCAUUUCGGUGACUGUGUCUGAAAACCUGUAUUUUUCAAUGGGAGAUGAUUGCCAGAUUUUUUUGGGUGGAAUAAGGAUCCCUUCAUCGUUUUUUAUUGGUAGUUGAGCGUCGAGGUGGAUGUAAUGAUGAGCACGUGAAGAAAAAUACGACACACAUCUGCAUAAAAUACGGUCAAGGAAUACAUAGGCGGUGGGAAACUCCAAUCACGUGAUACAAGAACACCCAUGCCAUUGGAUAGGGCCUUGGUUUGAAUCUUCACAAUGCAGAAAGCUACAUACUACGACAAUUCUGGACUUUUUGGAAGCUACUCUUACCCCAAAUCCGACUCAUAUAUGUAUGGCCCAUCUCACCAGCCCUACCCCACUUCUAACAUUGAGAGUGAUUAUCAGGGUCCAGUUUGUCCAAUACAAACCACAACUGUACGGCCACCAACUCAUAAAGACAAUGACAUGAAUGGAAACUGCAUGCGACCAAGUAGCAGCCAAGGAAACACCCAACAGUCGAGUAUUGGUGAACAGCCGCAGGCACCUCCAUUGUCGGCAUCAUCCCCUAACUCCAGCAACACUUCAUCUCAGAAGAAGAAAUCUCCCCCAAACAAUGCUUCAAAUACUGCCACCCCAGUCAUUAACAAACAAAUAUUCCCAUGGAUGAAGGAGACGCGAUCGAACGCCAAACCGAAAAGCAACAACAACAAUUGCGCAACCGCAGAAGGUGAGUCCUGCGAUGAAAAAAGCCCUCCUGGUCCAGCCUCCAAACGGGUCCGAACUGCCUACACCAGUGCACAACUUGUAGAACUUGAGAAGGAGUUCCAUUUCAACCGGUACCUGUGUCGUCCCCGAAGAGUGGAGAUGGCUAAUUUAUUGAAUCUCACUGAGCGCCAAAUAAAGAUCUGGUUUCAAAACAGAAGGAUGAAYUACAAAAAGGAUCAGAAGGCUAAGGGGAUAAUGCACUCUCCSAUCGGACACUCCCCGGACAGAAGCCCWCCAUUAAGUGGCCCAAAUCACAURGGAUAUUCUGUKAAUYUAAACWGRKUCAGCUAUGARGCMCCSUCGCCCCCMUCAUUCMCCAAACCKCAGCAAAACAUGUACGGCUUGGCWGCMUACACGGCACCAUUAGGUGGUUGCAUACCGCAACAAAAAAGGUAUCCGGGGUCCGAAUACGAACACCACAGCAUGCAAGGCAAUGGUGGCUUUGCCAACGCUAAUUUGCAAGGCAGUCCGGUGUACGUUGGGGGAAAUUUCGUUGAUUCCAUGCCAGCCUCGGGCCCCAUGUUCAACCUCGGCCAUCUCCCUCAUCCCUCAUCCGCCAGCGUGGACUACAGCUGUGCCGCUCAGAUUCCAGGCAACCACCACCAUGGACCCUGUGACCCCCAUCCCACAUACACAGACCUCACCUCUCACCAUGCGUCUCAGGGAAGGAUUCAGGAAGCGCCUAAACUAACGCAUUUGUAAUUUGUGAGGAUUCCAUCUGUGUGCCCAAAUUAUGUUACGCUCUUUUAUUACCUCACUAGUCUAAAGUAAUUUAUAUGAUUACACUACAAGUGAGUCAUAUGUAUUACCCAGUAUUAUUAUUGAUAUUACUAUUAAUGCUAUUGUGUAAUUAUUUUCUAAGAAUAGCUGUGGUACAUUUUUCUUGACUGUUGAGGAUGCGUAGGGGAGACCGUUUGUUUGUCAGUUGUUCGUUUUCUGAAGUGCAAUGCGCAGUAUGGGGACUGAAAAUGUCAUAACAUUACUUGAAGGUAAGUCCUGUAGAUCUGACAGUAGUCACCCAUCUUUAUAGGGAUGGAUUUUAUAGAAAAAAAAACUCUAAGGUGUCUGUUUGUUAAUUUCAAAUUUUCUAAAUUUGAAGCGUCUUAUUUAUUUUUCCAAGAUUGUAUUGCAUUUAUCUCCUUUCCUAUAUGUAUUAUUUAACGAUUUUUGUAUCACACAUUAUUUAUAAUUUACAUAUAUGCCUAUUUAUAUGGACAUCUAGAAUUUAUGCAACAUAGUUCGACAGACUUUGACAUCAUAGCCCUUCAAUAGGUACACAGGUUUUUGGUGAAUGCUAGUUUUAAGAUAUGGUUUCAAUGGCUGGUGGUUUUAUGUUGUUGUAGUAGAAACCCCUAAGUGUAAAUCUUGGAAUAUUGGGGCAUUUUUCAUGAUUUAUCUUGUGUCAAUGCCUCUAUGAAAAACAAAGUUAUAUGUAGCCUUUUGAAAUACCGAAUAUUAUAAAAAUGUAACACACCA